AUGGAGGCGUCCGAGCUUCUGGGACCGGGGCUGGUGGAGCGUCUGGAGCAGCUGGCGACGUGCCCGCUGUGCGGGGGCCCCUUCGAGGACCCGGUGCUCCUGGCGUGUGAGCACAGCUUCUGCCGCGCGUGCCUGGCCCGCCGCUGGGGGACCCCGCCGGCGACCGGCCCCGAGACGCCCCCCACAGCCUGUCCGUGCUGCGGCCUGCCGUGCCCCCGCCGCAGCCUGAGGUCUAACGUGCGGCUGGCGGUGGAGGUGCGCAUCAGCCGCGGGCUGCGGGAGAAGCUGGCCGAGCCCGGGGCCCGCGCGGGGAAACGCCGAGGCGGGCGCAUCCCUACCAUGGGCUGCCUGGACCCGCAGGGAGAGGAUAUGAAGAUGACACGGAGAAGGUUUGAUGCCCCAUCACCCAAGGCAUCUAACUCAAAGGAUGAGCUCCCUGAAGAUUACCCAGUGGUCAAAAACAUGCUUCACAGACUGACGGCCGACCUGACCUUGGAUCCUGGCACCGCACACCGCCGCCUGCUCGUCUCUGAGGACCGCCGCAGCGUCCGACUGGCCCCACCUGGGACACCGGCGCCCCCCGACGGCCCGGCGCGCUUCGACCAGCUUCCAGCGGUGCUGGGGGCGCAAGGCUUCGGGGCUGGCCGCCACUGCUGGGAGGUGGAGACCUUGGACACCGCCUCCCUCGGAGACUCUUCCGGAGACGAUGAGGACGACGGGGAGAGCCUCUACGCCCUGGGCGCGGCCGGGGAGUCGGUGCGCCGCAAGGGCCAAGUAGGGCUGUGCCCCGCGGGCGCCGUGUGGGCCGUGGAGGGCCGCGGCGGCCGGCUGUGGGCGCUCACCGCCCCGGAGCCCACCCCUCUGGGCGGCGUCAGGCCCCCGCCGCGGCGCAUCCGCGUGGACUUGGACUGGGAGCGGGGCCGCGUGGCCUUCUACGACGGCCGCUCCCUCGACUUGCUCUUCGCCUUCCAGGCGCCCGGUCCCCUCGGGGAGCGCGUCUUCCCGCUGCUGUGCACCCGGGACGCCCGCGCCCAGCUUCGCAUCGUGCCCGCGGAAGGCUGA